GCAACCCCAAUGCAGGCCCUCAAGUGUGUGGUCGUGGGGGAUGAUGCUGUAGGGAAAACAUGCCUAAUCAUCAGUUAUGCAACCAAUGCAUUUCCUCAUUACGUGCCCACUCUUUUUGACAACUAUUCUGUCAAUGUGAUGGUUGAUGGCAAACCACUCCACCUGGUUUUGUGGGAUACAGCUGGACAAGAGGACUAUGACCAGAUCCGCCCAUUAUCCUAUCCGCAAACAGAUGUGUUCUUACUUUGCUUUUCUCUUGUGAAUCCUGCAUCCUUCAUAAGCAUUCGUGCAAAAUGGUAUCCUGAAGUGCGGCGUUAUUGCCCUGAUACCCCCAUCAUACUGGUGGGUACCAGACUCGAUCUCCGAGAUGCCAAAGACCCCGCUGAGCAACAGAAGGAGAAGAAGCUGACUGCAAUCACCUACCCACAAGGCCUUGCCAUGGCCCAAGAGAUCGGGGCAAUAAAAUACAUAGAAUGCUCAGCACUUACACAGCAAGGACUGAAGAUGGUCUUCAAUGAAGUUAUUCAAGCAGUUCUCUGCCCCGCCUCUCAUCAAGAAUAG